GUAGGCCAGCUGGAGGUGAACGGGCGCGCCCUGAAGAUCGCCAUGACGCUGCUGAGCCGGGAUAUGACCGAUCUCAAGUCCACCACCAACGGCAUGCUGGGAGAGCUGGAGUCCAGUGUGGUCUACAUCAACGAUAACGUGGAGAAACAGGCGGGACUCCUGAAGACGGUCGUGGAGGAUACGGUGCUGAGGAGCACGCGGGAUAUCACCACACAGCUGGGAAGACGAAUUGAGAAACUGGGGAGAAGACAGCAAAAAGCUCAGCCAGAAUCUGUUAACUGCACUGUUGACUUCUCGGAGCUGAAUGAAAGGAUCGACCUGCGCUUCGCCAUGUUCAAGAAGGAGACUCACAACCACUUCGUGAAGCUCAUCGACGCCGCUCAGCUCAACAUUCGCGGUGCUCCAGAGGGCAAGAAGGAAUCUAAAGACGAGCCCGAAGAAGUCCCAGAGCUAGAGACUAUCAAUGAGGGCAAAAGAGUGUCCGAGAAGAGCGAGAAAAAGUUGUCCUCACUCACAAAGAAAGGAAAGCCUUCCAUCUCAGCACAGGAGCAGAGGGAGGAAGGUAUAACUACGGAGACGCCGAGCUCGAGUGGCCGUUACAGAUACUCUGACGAGUACAACGAGACUUAUUACGAGGAGAACGAUCAGAGAAUUAUGAGAGCACUCACAAAUAUGACCAGUAGUGUGCUGCAAGCCGUGAACUACUUCCGCCACACCGGUCGGAUGUUGGAACAAAUCAUGUCCAAUACUGACAACCUCGUCUCGUCACAGACUGACCUGAUGCGCAAAGUAGAAGGUCUCGAGUCCUUGGCUUUCCCUCAGAAAACGACGGGCAAAUCUGGAGAAAUAAGUAACGCAAUUCCCGGUUCGCAGCAUCAAACACAAGGUGACGAGGGGUCCACUUCGCGUCCUUUGACUGGAUCAUCCCCUGACCACUGUAUCGUGUCCAAUGACCUCGUCAACAACAUGGCUACUAUAGCCAAAAACGGCAGUCAGCUUUUAGAG